AGAUUGUGGCCCUAACCAACCACCGGUGUAUCGAGAGGCAAUCGUCAAGACCAAUCGGUUCAUCAGGAACAUCUGCCGGUUCUAUUUCGCGUACACCGGACUGAACAUUCCCGUGUACAUCGUAAUGCCACCUGCGUUGACCUUCUACAAGUAUUUCUCGUGGAACAGCAACUCAAGUGAACCGUUCUACUUCAACUUUCCCAACGAGUGAUAGCUUUACGAGACCGACACUUUUGCAUUAGUAACUAUCAAUUGGUUAUCGUUUUUUUUUUUUCAGACUGCCGUACAUGAACCACUUCAACAUGGGGCACUACAUUACUGUCACGUCGCUGAUUGCCCCGAUUUUUUUCUGCAGUGCCUUGUUUCUGGCCAUGAAAUCGAUGGUGUACUACAGUUUGAUCAAAUACGUAUCGCUUAUGUUUAAACUGGUUGUCAAACGAAUUCGAUUGCUGGAUAGUUCAAUUAGCAUUGGGGGAGGCUCUCGUCUAGAACACGCUGUAGACGAUGUGAUUAGAGCCCACUAUCUGGCUUUGAGGUGUGCUCAGCUGUUGGAGGAACUGAUCAGUCUAAUUCUCUUGGCACAGUUUUUGGGAUGCGUAAUCGUGUGGUGUUUGCUACUGUUCUACAUAACGUUGAACGUAAGCGGUGUAGGAGCGAUGACAACGUUGAUCCUGUGUGAAAUCGUCGCAUUCGAAAUGUUGGCAUUUUCGUAUUUUGGAUCCGAGCUGACCGAAAUUAGCGAAUCAUUGGCUCACGAGAUCUACAGCUUCCGUUGGUACGAUGCUCCCAUGACGGUGCGGAAGAAAGUGCUGCUGAUGUCCGUCCGGGCUCAGCAAAUUGUCGGAAUCACCGCCCUGCGGUUCUACUACGUGAGCAUCGAACAAUUUGGCCAGGUAAUGAUCAGUGAAACCAACAAUAAAAUAACUCAUUGCCAAAUAAUUGCUCUUCAUGUUUCGUUUUCAGGCCGUCCAAACCACUUACUCAUUCUAUCUCGUUAUGAAGAAGCUGUUCGAGUAAUGAAGAGAACAGCGUGUUUUCAUCACCGUCGUAGAUAUAAUUUGUAGCGAAAUGCCUCCAAGUGUUUGGCACGCAAACUGCGAACAAAUUCAAAUAAACGAUCUCAACAGCGACGGCAAGUGAG